AUGCCAGCUCUAACAAUCUCGAGCAAGUACAAGCUUGGAUUCUGCUUGCGGUCCAUGAGUUCAUGUGUGUGGACUUUCGGCGAGGAUGGGUUUGUCAGUAUACGCAUAGGGUCUCCAUUGACUCUCAGUGAGAAUGUCGCCAUUCGUCUUCCAUGUCCCGAGAUCAACUUCCAGAACGGGCAACCAAUUAUCAUGGAGUUCCUUCCCGAGGCACUCGCCGCCAGUGCCGCACCUGCCGCUUCCGCGUUUACCGAGUGUAUCAUCGCAGCCACGAUCAGCGGUCGCGUGCUUUCCCAUCGUCAUCACUGCGAGGUUGGGGACAUUUAUCAAAAUUCCCUUGAGGAUCUUUGGACUCAGCAUGAGUGGAUCAAUACCAUGCACAACCAGUGGAUGCAGAAUUUCUUCUCGGCAUGCGCCGUGGAAAUGCAACAGUCCGACCCCAUGGCCCUUUUUAUCGCACUCAUCUUCCUUAUUACUCGUUUGCAUCUGCAUGAGACCGCGUUAUUGAUAGGGCUAGCUGUAAAUAAACAGGACGGCGACUUGCUCCAAGAAUCUCGAAAACGCGCCAUAUUGACAACGCAACAUAUCGUCAACCUUACCAAGGAGUUAUCCAAACUCAGUUCCUUUCAGAUUCACCCUCUGACAAGUAUACCUCUUUCGUUAUGCGUGGAGUUUCUUGUCUCAAAUGAUGACUUCGGGCAAGAUUUUGCAGCAGAGUUGUGGAGAGCCAUUGAUACAAUGCAGCUUUUGAAGAGUUUCGACAAUAUUGGGAAAAGGACUUUGCCACUGCCUCAGGCUGAGAAUAUCCAGGGGUCACCUGGGAAGCAUAACGGCUACCUAGGCAUUGAAUCUUUUGACGAACAACGCGUAUAG